GGAGAGUGGCGGCGACGAAGGCGGCGGGAGCAGCGGAGGGGGCGGCAAGGAUCCUCCGGGCUGCUGGCUGGGAAGGCGUGGGAGAUUCGGUGUGUGAAGCGUCCGGACCUGUGCGUUUCAGCCCAAGGGAAGGAAGCCAGUUGAGGGAAAUUCUCCAUGAAUGUACGUCACAAUGAUGAUGACCGACCAAAUCCCUCUGGAACUGCCACCACUGCUGAACGGAGAGGUAGCCAUGAUGCCUCAUUUGGUAAAUGGAGAUGCAGCUCAACAGGUUAUUCUCGUUCAAGUUAAUCCAGGCGAGACUUUUACGAUAAGAGGGGAGGAUGGAACACUUCAGUGCAUUCAAGGACCUGCUGAAGUUCCCAUGAUGUCACCCAAUGGAUCCAUUCCCCCUAUCCAUGUGCCCCCAGGUUAUAUCUCACAGGUGAUUGAAGACAGUACUGGAGUGCGCAGGGUGGUGGUCACACCCCAGUCCCCUGAAUGUUAUCCCCCUAGCUACCCCUCUGCCAUGUCUCCAACCCACCACCUACCCCCAUACCUGACCCACCACCCGCAUUUUAUUCACAAUUCACACACAGCUUACUACCCACCUGUUACUGGACCUGGAGACAUGCCGCCUCAGUUUUUUCCUCAGCAUCAUCUUCCCCCCACAAUAUAUGGUGAACAAGAAAUAAUACCACUCUACGGAAUGUCAAGCUACAUUACGCGAGAAGACCAGUACAGCAAGCCUCCUCACAAAAAACUGAAAGACCGCCAGAUUGACCGCCAGAACCGCCUCAAUAGCCCUCCUUCUUCUGUCUACAAAAGCAACUGCGCAACAGUGUACAACGGCUACGGGAAGGGCCACAGCGGUGGAAGCAGUGGAGGCGGGGGAGGUGGCAGUGGCGGUGGGCCAGGAAUUAAGAAAACAGAGCGGCGAGCAAGAAGCAGUCCUAAGUCGAAUGAUUCAGACUUGCAAGAGUAUGAGUUGGAAGUAAAAAGAGUGCAAGACAUUCUUUCAGCAAUAGAGAAACCACAGGUUUCUAAUAUUCAGGCAAGAGCAGUUGUGCUGUCCUGGGCUCCCCCAGUUGGACUUUCAUGUGGACCCCACAGUGGUCUUUCCUUCCCCUACAAUUAUGAGGUUGCCUUAUCAGACAAAGGACGAGAUGGAAAAUACAAGAUAAUUUACAGUGGAGAAGAACUAGAAUGUAACCUGAAAGAUCUUAGACCAGCCACCGAUUAUCAUGUGAGGGUAUAUGCCAUGUACAAUUCUGUAAAGGGGUCCUGCUCCGAGCCAGUUAGCUUCACCACCCACAGCUGUGCACCUGAGUGUCCUUUCCCACCUAAGCUGGCACACAGGAGCAAAAGUUCACUAACCCUGCAAUGGAAGGCACCAAUUGACAAUGGUUCAAAAAUCACCAACUACCUUUUAGAAUGGGAUGAGGGAAAAAGAAACAGUGGUUUCAGACAGUGCUUCUUUGGGAGCCAGAAGCACUGCAAGUUGACGAAGCUUUGUCCAGCAAUGGGGUACACGUUCAGGCUGGCUGCUCGGAAUGACAUUGGCACCAGUGGUUAUAGCCAAGAGGUAGUGUGCUACACGUUAGGAAACAUUCCUCAGAUGCCCUCUGCACCGAGACUUGUUCGAGCUGGAGUCACCUGGGUCACGCUGCAGUGGAAUAAGCCAGAAGGCUGUUCACCCGAGGAAGUGAUUACCUACACCCUGGAAAUUCAGGAGGAAGAAAACGAUAACCUUUUCCACCCCAAAUACACUGGAGAGGAUUUAACCUGUACUGUGAAAAAUCUCAAAAGAAGCACACAGUAUAAAUUCAGGCUGAAUGCUUCUAAUAUGGAAGGGAAAAGUUGUCCAAGUGAAGUUUUGGUUUGUACGACAAGUCCUGACAGGCCUGGACCUCCUACAAGACCCCUUAUUAAGGGACCAGUUACAUCUCAUGGCUUUAGUGUCAAAUGGGAUCCUCCAAAGGACAAUGGUGGUUCAGAAAUUCUCAAGUACUUGCUGGAGAUCACUGAUGGAAAUUCUGAAGCGAAUCAGUGGGAAGUGGCAUACAGUGGAUCGGCUACAGAAUACACUUUCACCCAUUUGAAACCAGGCACUUUGUACAAACUCCGAGCAUGCUGCAUCAGUACUGGUGGACACAGUCAGUGUUCUGAAAGCCUCCCUGUUCGUACACUAAGCAUUGCACCAGGUCAGUGUCAGCCGCCGAGGGUUUUGGGUAGACCACGACACAAAGAAGUCCACUUAGAGUGGGAUGUUCCUGCAUCUGAAAAUGGCUGUGAGGUGUCAGAAUACAGUGUAGAGAUGACAGAACCCGAGGAUGUGGCGUCAGAGGUGUACCACGGGCCAGACCUGGAGUGCACUGUUGGGAACCUGCUUCCCGGAACUGUGUAUCGGUUCAGGGUGAGGGCUCUGAAUGACGGAGGGUAUGGUCCCUAUUCUGAUGUAUCAGAAAUUACCACUGCUGCGGGCCCCCCUGGACAAUGCAAAGCACCCUGUAUUUCCUUUACACCUGAUGGAUGUGUCCUAGUGAGUUGGGAGAGUCCUGAAAGCUCUGGUGCAGAUAUCUCAGAGUACAGGUUGGAAUGGGGAGAAGACGAGGAAUCCUUAGAACUCGUUUAUCAUGGGACAGACACCUGCUUUGAAAUGAGAUCUCUGUUGCCUGCUGCACAGUAUUGCUGUAGACUGCAGGCUGUCAAUCAAGCAGGAACAGGACCGUACUGUGAGCUUGUCCUUUGCCAAACACCAGCAUCUGCCCCUGACCCUGUCUCUACUCUCUGUGUUCUGGAGGAAGAGACCCUCAAUUCCUAUCCCGAUACACCUUCUGCGUGCCUUGUACUGAACUGGGAAGAGCCGUGCAAUAAUGGAUCUGAAAUCCUUGCUUACAACAUUGAUCUUGGAGACGCUAGUAUUACCGUGGGCAAUAUCACCACCCACAUUAUGAAAGAUCUCCUUCCAGAAACCACCUACCGGAUCAGAAUUCAGGCUAUAAAUGGAAUUGGAGCUGGACCAUUUAGUCAGUUCAUUAAGGCAAAAACUCGGCCAUUACCACCCUUGCCUCCUAGGCUAGAAUGUGCUGCAGCUGGUCCUCAGAGCCUGAAGCUAAAAUGGGGAGACAGUAACUCCAAGAUACAUGUUGCUGAUGACAUGGUGUACACACUACAGCUGGAGGACAGAAAUAAGAGGUUUAUUUCUAUCUACAGAGGACCCAGCCACACCUAUAAGGUCCAGAGACUGACGGAAUUCACCUGCUACUCCUUCAGAAUCCAGGCAGCCAGCGAUGCUGGGGAGGGGCCCUUCUCAGAAACCUACACUUUCAGCACAACCAAAAGUGUCCCUCCCGCCAUCAAAGCACCUCGAGUGACACAGCUAGAAGGAAAUUCAUGUGAAAUUUUAUGGGAAACGGUACCACCAAUGAAAGGUGAUCCUGUCAACUACAUUCUGCAAGUAUUGGUUGGAAGAGAAUCUGAGUACAAACAGGUGUACAAGGGAGAAGAAGCCACAUUCCAAAUCUCAGGCCUCCAGACCAACACAGACUACAGGUUCCGCGUGUGUGCAUGUCGUCGCUGUCUAGACACCUCUCAGGAGCUAAGUGGAGCUUUCAGCCCUUCUGCAGCUUUUGUACUACAACGAAGUGAGGUCAUGCUUACAGGGGACAUGGGGAGCUUAGAUGAUCCCAAAAUGAAGAGCAUGAUGCCUACUGAUGAACAGUUUGCAGCCCUCAUUGUGGUUGGCUUUGCAACUUUGUCCAUUUUAUUUGCCUUUAUAUUACAGUACUUCUUAAUGAAGUAAACAGACCCAACAAAACUAGAGAUUUAGCUAGGAAAAAAAUAUCAGUGUUUCGGUGCACCUUUUUGAAAUGCAAAACUAGGAAGAGGCUAAACUGGAUUUAAAAAAAAAAAAAAGAAGAAGAAGAAGAGGAAGAAAAACAAACCAGAUACCAAAAGCUAGCUUUCUUAUAUUUCCUUUCACAUUUUCAGAUUUGCCUUUAUUCUUUUCUCACUGAUGUCUUUUGCAAGCCUUUGAUUUUUUUUUUUGUUAUACAGUUUAGUAAUUUAUAUUCACCAGUCACUUGUGUCUUGAUUAUCUAUAUUUGUAAACAUGAAUCACAUUGUGUGUAGUUACAGUACUAGGAUUUCAGUGUUGUCAAAGUAUUACACUGCAUCAGAAACAUACAGAAGAUGUGUUCACUAAGAUAUGGCUGCCCUAAACAAGUUCCAUUUUGUCACUCAGUUAUUUAACUGUGUUUAGCUCAUUUAAAUCAAAAUGUGCAUGUACUUCAAUCUAAAAUGUUUUAAUAAUCUGUAUUUCUUAUGAUUUUAACACUAUGAGCUGCCUGUAUAAGAAAUCAAGUAACCAAAAUGCACCUAUAAAUUAUGGAGCAUCGUAGAUUUUACCACAUCAAUUCAUAGCCGUAACUUUAAAGAGGGCAUUGUGCAAUAGUUAGUUAUUUCCUUAUUCAGCUAUUUUAAAAGCUGCUUUAACUUGUUUGUUUGUCUUUGUAUAUAACUACUUCUAAUCAUUAGAAUUAUUAUAUUCUGUUAUGUUUGACCAGAAUUAUAUGAUGAGAACUGGUGACAGUUUAGUGCCUCUGCCCAUUGUCCAUGAUUUACACUAAUUGUGAGCAAUCUUCUUACACAUCAGCUCAUUUAUUUUUGAAAGAUUUGCCUUUAGGGUGUUCUUUGAGGUAUCAGUGAAGUGAUUGAAUUUCAAUACCUUAAUUCAGUGCAUAUAAUACUAAUCGAUCAGCAGAUGGAAAUUGAUAAAGCCCAAAAGAAAGUUGUCUAAAUUCCUAUUUCUGUGGGGUUGACUGGCCAUGUGUGGAGAGGGAAUGGUAUUUGACAGUAAGCAACAGGGUGUUUGGGGGUCAAGGAACCUAAAUUCUCUCCCUGGAUCUGUCACUAACUUGCUGCGUGACCUAAGCACAUCACUUUACCUCUCUGUGCCUAAGUUUUCCCAUGCAUUUAAAAAUAAAAUAAAAUAAAAUGGGGAUUCUAAUGCUUGUAA